GAACAAAUUUGAAAAUACUUUGAAAAACAACAUUUUAAUAAGAAUUAUUACAAUAGAAAAAUAUAUAAAUAAACUUUUAGCACCAAAACCCAUUGUUUAAUUUUUUUUGUUUAUGCGAAAAAUGUAGUAGUUUCAUCGUUUCAUCAGGACAGCCAACUCGAAGAUUUGACACUUGUCAUUUUUGUUGUAAUUGAAAUAACCGGAACAAAUAAUCAAUUUUUUGGUUUUUCUCUAUCUAAAGACUGUGUUUUUCAAAUUUUCUAUCUCCCACUCUGGCACAAAUGGCUUCCGGUAGAAUUUCACAUUUAAUUAGAUUAUUAAAAACAAGCAAAGUGCAUGAUAACCAAAGCGUUUUAUACAUUGACUUUGAUUCACACAUUGCUACUGUUAAAUAUGAAAGACAUGAUGAUUUUUAUGAUUUAAUCCAUACAAAUAUUCCUGAUGGAUUGCAGGGUCAAGGUUUAGGCACUGUUUUUGCUGAGCGAAUUUUUGACCACCUGAUUGAGAACAACAAGAAGAUGAGAUUGACCUGUGAAUUUUUAUACAAAGUUUAUUCACGGAACAUAGAUAAGUACAAGGAUUUUGUAGUAGACGAAUAAGAAACGAAAAAUAAAUAUUUUUUACUACGUUGACUUUUAAUAUUAAAAAUGGAAGAUCAAAGCGAUUACAGAUCAAAAGUAUUUUUUUAUUUUCGUGAAAAAUACUACAGUUUAAUGAUAGCUGCGUGUAAAGAGGGCACGACAAAAUUUAAAACUGAAAGUUCCUACCGAUUAUAUCAAGCACUUGCUUUAUUGUUAAAUAAUCGUUUAGAAGAAAGUAUAAACGAGUUUGAUACUAUAAAGAAUGAAAAUACUGUAAAACUCUCGGCUACAAUCGGGUUAAUGUACUCUAAUAAACUUCUGGGUGUCUCUAAUAAAGAAUUAUUUCAUAAUUUGGAUUCCCAAGUUCGUGACUACCGAAAAUCGGCUGAAGCGAUCGAUUUUUGCUAUUCCGGCUUUGUUUUGUUUGCUUUAAACAAACCGGAGAAAGCUCUUGACUAUAUCGACAAGUCUCUCAAUAUUCAGUCAGAUUUAGUCGAAGCUUUGGCAUUAAAGGGCUGGGUUUUGCUGUAUUUGAAAAAACUGGGACACAGAGUCUCACAAAACAUUACAGAAAUAUUUGAACAAGCUUUAAAAGACAACAAACGUAACUUAGACGCCAUUUUGGGCGUCUCCGAAAGUUAUCUAACUCAGAAUAAGUUUGAGGAAGCUCUAGAAGCGGUAAAUAAAGCAAUAGUUCGAUAUCCCAACUCUAUUUUACCUUUAAUUCAAAAAAUGAAGAUACAGUUUGCAUUCCAAGACUGGGAACCAACUGUUGAAACGAUGAACAGGAUCAUUAACGACAAAAUCGAUAAUCUUGAUGCCCAAAAAAUCAAUAUUUUGAUUUUAUUAAGCCGUGAUGCUAACUACGACGAGGCUAUUGUUUGCAUUAAGAGAUAUUUUCACGAAGUUGAUAUACAAGAACCCAAAAACGGGAAAAUUCUCAUCGAAAAUGCAAAAUUAUACUCGAGGAUAUGUGGCCGACAUGUUGACGUUCUCAAAGAGACACAAAAAAUGGUCGAAAGAGCGGUUCAGAUAAAUUCUGAUGAUGUGGAGUUUAUUGUUGAGUUGGGUCACCAGUGUCUGCUUCUAGGUCGGAUCAAAGAAGCCCAAAAGUAUUACAAAACGGCAACAAAACUGGACGAAACAUCGCUGAAAGCUUUGAUGGGUCUCACACUAUGUGAACUUUCCGAAAACGGUAAAUCCGAUCAGAUGAAAAAACAAGUCGACUUUUUGCUUGAAUUGGAGAAUUCCCAAAAUUCGGCUCAACUUUAUUUAAUCCGAGCUAAAAUUUCUGAUAACUCCGACGAAGCUUUGAUCUUUUUGAAAAAAGCAAAUGAUCUCCAGUUGAAUCUCGUCAAACACCAGUAUUAUUCCGAUUCGUACCUGUUGUUACUAGACCCUGAUUUUAUGUUGGAUGUUGUGAAGGAAUAUCUCCAAUAUAUUUCAUACACUAGUGAUUGUAAUACUAAAGGAGGAGUUCGGGUAACUUCAAGUGCCGCCAACACGGCUCUAAAUGCCUUAAAAGUGGUAACAAAAGCAUGUCCUGGUCUUUAUGAAGCUUCGUAUUUGUUGGCGAAGCUUCAGUACUUGACUGGAGACACUACUAAUGCUAUGACCACUCUCGAGCAGAUUUUAUCGAAAGUAGAAGACGAGUCUUCAAGCGAUGCCCAUCUCUUGAUGGCUCAAAUCCAAGUACAGAAUGGUUACUAUGAGAGAGCGGCUCAAAGUCUUGAAGUUGGUUUGAGUUACAAUUUCAAGGUUCGGGAAAACCCGAUGUUUCAUUAUAUUCGAGGAUUAGUUGACAAAAAUCUGAAUAAUAUCUCUGACACUAUUAAAUCUUUAACUACGGCUUUAACAUUGAUUAAUAUUAAUCCAGAAAUCACUACUUACAACUCUAAAGAUCAGAGUGACUUAACACUUAUUGAGCGAGCGUCUAUUUACAUUGAGUUAAUCGAAGCACAUAACAUGAUUGGUCAAAAUGACGAAGCUGCAAAACUGCUUGAGAGUGCAGUCGAAGAAUUUCAAGGGACACCAGAAGAGUCACGAAUUUUAAUUUUAAGUGCUGAUCACGCUGUUAAGAGAAAAAACGUCCAGGGGGCUAUAGAUUUGUUGAACAAGGUGAAACCUAAUGAAAGUUACUACUUGCAAGCGAGGACCAAACUAGCUGAUAUUUUGCUGAAGUAUCGACUAGAUUCUUAUGCAUAUUUGCAGUGUUACCAAGACAUGGUAGAUGAAAAUCCCGGGCCCGAGAGUUAUCUUCUUUUGGGAGACGCAUAUAUGACUAUCCUAGAACCAGACGACGCUCUUGAAUGCUAUAAUCAGGGGCUUCAACAAAAUCCUAAAGAUCCUUAUCUUACAUUAAAGAUGGGUCAAGCUUUAGUCAAGACGCAUUAUUUUGCCCGAGCUGUGGCUUUCUACAAAGAGGCAAUUAAUACGAUUCAAGAUCCUGAGUUGAGGCUUCAAUUGGGCGAUCUUUACAUAUCAAUGAAAGAAUAUGAAAAAGCUGAAUCUUUACUCUCGAGUGAGCUUAAAAACGAUAAAUCAUUAGAAGACUUAACUCAGCUACAGUACAAAACUAAGUUGUUGAUGCUAUUAGCACAAGCUCGGGAAAAAUCAGGGAAUUUACCAGGAGCUUUGACUGUUCUUACAGAAGCCAAGGAAAAUCAAAAUCGAGUUAGGAAACGCUUAGCUGUGGAACAAACAAACGUCCUAGAAGACGAAAUAAAGCUUCUGAUCGAUAUAGGGGUAAAAUUGGCCGAAAUCGCUGCUACUUUAAAAGACAACGAUAAAGCUGUACAAUUUUACAAGGAUGCUCUUGAGAUUUCGCCGAGUAAUACUGAAAUUUUGACAGCUUUGGCAAAAUUAUACAUGCAGAUGAAUGUCCUGGACUCGUGUCAGCAAAUAUGUACUAAUAUUCUAUCUCUAGAUACAGAAAAUGAGAAUGCAUCAGUCAUGAUGGCUGAUAUAGCCUUUAGAAAGAUUGAUUUCGAUAUGGCUCUUUUUCACUUCACGCAAUUGAUUUCAAAACAACCAACCAAUUGGACCGCCUUGGUGCGUUUAGUCGAAAUUAUGCGACGUACAGGAAACCUAAACGACUUUUCUGAAUAUUUAACAAAUGCUGAAAAAAAUACAGAAAAUCCGGUUAAAGACUCCGGUUUUCUUUUUUGUACCGCCUUGUAUCAAUGGUACUCCGGUAAUCUUAAUGGUGCUUUAAGAAACUUUAAUUUAUCUCGUCAAGACCCAACAUGGGGAAAACAAGCCUUAUACAACAUGAUUGAAAUUUGUCUAAACCCCGACGAUGAAAUGCUUGGUGACCAGUUUGUCGAUUAUGAAGAUAUCGAGUAUCGGGAUUCUCGAAGUAUGGCUUUGAAAACUGCGGAACGGCUUUUAAGAGAACUGAAACACCGUCUUGAAGCUAACGGUGACGAUAUGUUGCGAUAUAGACUUUUGGUCAACUUCCGCUUAUUGGCGACUCAAGAUAAGUACAAUAUUGAGAAAGGACUUGAAGAUUUUAUUUCUUUGGGGUCCCAGAAUGUGUACAAGGAUCAUGUGGGACCGAUUUUGGGUAUGGCUACGGCUUAUAGCUUGCUGAAACAAACGCAGCGGGCGAAGAAUCAAUUGAAAAGAGUUGCGAAAGCCACUUGGACUUUUGAAGAUGCGGAGUAUUUGGAACGAUGUUGGUUGUUACUCGCUGAUUAUUACAUUCAGUCGUCGAAAUACGAUGUUGCGAAUGAUUUGCUGACUAAAGUUGUUCAACAUAAUAAGGCAUGUAGUAAAGCGCAUGAAUUUCUGGGAUUUAUUUGUGAGAAAGAGCAGCAUUUUAAAGAUGCUGUUGUUAAUUAUGAAGCCGCCUGGAGGUUUGGGGGGAAGACAAAUGUCGGGAUUGGGUAUAAGUUGGCUUAUAGUCUGAUGAAAAGUAAGAAUUACGCUGAUGCGAUCGAUGUUGGACAACAGGUGCUUAAACUGAGCCCUGAUUAUGCUAAAAUCAAAAAGGACAUUCUUGACAAGUGUCUAAAUAAUUUAAGGGUUUGAAGGCCGCCUGAUAAAAUUUAUAGCUUUUAUCAAAGGAACUUAUUAUUAUUUGCAAACGAUAAAUUUAACUACCAGUUAGUAAUAAAUGUUUGGCGCAGCAUAUAUAUAGUUGUGUUAGAUUGAUCCGUCCAUUCCGAAUUUUGGUGUCUCUGUAUUGUGAUUGAUAAAAUUAAUAAACUAGUGUCUGUAUUCC